AUGGGCUGCACCGCAGCUAUCGUCUUCACCUGCCUUGGUGCCUCGUACGGCACAGCCAAAUCGGGUGUCGGCAUCGCCGCCAUGGGUGUUCUGCGCCCUGACCUUAUCGUCAAGAACAUCGUUCCCGUCAUUAUGGCGGGUAUCAUCGGUAUCUACGGUCUGGUCGUCUCGGUCCUGAUUUCCGACGGCCUCGCACAGGAUAACUACGCGCUAUACACCGGCUUCAUUCAGCUCGGCGCCGGUCUCGCUGUCGGCCUUGCAGGUAUGGCUGCCGGUUUCGCGAUCGGCAUUGUUGGUGAUGCUGGUGUGCGCGGUACGGCGCAGCAGCCUAGGCUGUUCGUCGGCAUGAUUCUGAUUCUCAUUUUCGCCGAAGUCUUGGGUCUCUACGGCCUGAUUGUCGCGCUGCUCAUGAACUCCAAGGCCACUCUCAACAUCACAUGCUAA